AUGCCACUUCGGGCGACGUACCUCGUUCUAGAGGGAGUGUUCCCGUCGCAAGACAGGGUUCGACCCCAAACGGAGGUAGCGAUGAACAAGCUGAAGUUCGUGAUGGCGGCGGGCCUUCUGGCCGCGACGGCCGCCUGUACCCAGACCGGGUACGACAACUCGUAUGCCUACAACAAUGGCUACAACACGCGGCCUGUCUACAGCAACGGCUACUACGCCCAGAACAACAACUACAACAACGGAUAUUACAACAGCCGUCCUGCGUACAAUAACGGCGGCUACUACAACAACAACGCGCGCUAUGCCUCUCAGGGACGGCGCGGCCCGAACGGCGACUACGAUGGCGACGGCGUUCCCAACCGUCGCGACAUCGACGCCAACGGCGACCAGAUCCCGGACGCCUUCCAGGGUCGUCGGUAA